AUGAUAUCAAAGAUUGCUGCUCAACGAUUACUUGCUCGCAACACUUUUGGCUCUUUGUUGAAUAGCUCAAGAAAGAGCUUUCUCAGGUUUUCCUCAGCUUCUGUUGCUGGGAACACAGAUGGUGCCAGGCUUGUUAGUUUGAACUUAUUCACCAAAAACGACUGUAGUCUAUGUGAAAAAGCAAAGUUUGUUUUGAAAACCAUUGAAGCUGACAAUAUGAAAGAUAAAAUACUCGGUGACAAAAAUAUUGAAAUCAAUUAUAUCGACAUCACAAAAGAAGAAAACAAAAAAUGGUUUGACGCCUAUUGUUUUGAUAUUCCAGUAUUACAUGUAGAUAAUUCUUUUAAAACCAAGUCUACAAAAUUUAUGCAUCAGUUAGACUAUAAUGAAGUAAUAAAAUCAAUUAAUGAAAUUUGA